CCGCCGGCCCCGCGCCUGCGCCCUCCCGUGGGGGUGACGCGGCGGCCGCGCCGCGGAGGCGGGACCGGGCACGAAGGCGCGGUGUUCAAGGAUUAUGCUGUAUUAGAUGGCAAAAGUGUUCUUCAUUGGUGACUUGAGCUGUUUCGAAGAAUUGUAUGUGCAGAGGAAUUAAGAUGGAUGAAAUGUUUCAUUGGCUGUAGGAGCAGCAGGAUGCAUAAUGUGGGUAUGGGUUGGUCCUUUAUAAGCUGAUGAAACAUAGUGAACAUUGCCGUAACCAUUCAAGGAUAUAAUGCAGAAUCCGUUAACAAUUUCUGCAGUGGAAUUAACUACAGGUGGCAAUGUUUUGCAUACCUCAGCCAGAGCUGGAGAGUCUUUUUCUGAAGACAUCUGGGUCAUGAAGAAAGAAAAGGGGGCACAGCUAGAGCAAACAGAAACCUUGAACAGAGAUUCCCCAUUCAAAACUUAAACCACUUAGGUGGUGGUUUUUUGCAUGCUAAUCCUGCAGAGAAACAUUGUGUCCAACAGAGUAUGCUGGGUCAGCAAAAGCAAGAAACUUGUGCUGGAAAGACAGUAUCCACAGAUAAACACAACCCCCCUUCGGAUAUAAUACAAAGUUUUCAGAAGAAAAGUCAGUUUAGGACCAUUGCUCCAAAAAUGGUACCAAAAAUUUUAACACCUGGAGUGGUUUCUUGUCUUCAGUCUUCUUUGCCCGAGCCAAACACACCAAUUUCAGCUGCGGGUUCUAAACCACUGGUGGUACCAGCUCAGAACUACACUGUCAUGCAGGUGGCUGGUCAGAAGGGGACAUUUUCCCUGCUGGCUGUGCCGUAUGUUGCUCCUGCUUUAACACAGCAAGCCCACCAGUCAAAUGUGGCCCCCUCUGAAAAUCUAAAGCUGCCUAUCCCUAGGUACCAGUCUGUAAGGAAUAUAUUGCUAGGUGACAAAAAAUUGGCAAAAAUCUCUGGUUUGGGUGCACAUAACAAGAUUCCUACGAAAGCAUUGGUCUCAUCACAGACUUCCUCAGUGACUACUGUAACUGAAGACUGUCCUGAAACUCAUUCUAGUUCAGAUUCAACUGAGCAAACGACGCUGAUAGACUGUGACUCAUCUGAAAUCGCAGUUGCCACAGUAGUAAAAAAAAGCAACUGUGUGGAAUCUGGACCUCCUUUAAUGAGCAAAACUGAAAUUGCUAACAGUAAGAUUUCUGUACCAUCUGUAGUUAAAGAGUCUUUAUCCAAGCCAGCAAGUACAAUUAAUCCCCCGAAACUAAGUCUGCGCUCUGUGAAGACAACAUCGGAAACCACAAGAAAGUCAGUCAUGACAUGUGAGAAACGAAAGGAAAAACCCACAAAUUCUGCAAAUCCUGUUGCUGUCUUGUCACCAGCCGUUCUUGGCAGCACAAUACAGAUGAAUCCAUCAGCACCAAAAGGAAAACUUCCUAUUUUGCCUUACUCAAGGAUGAAAAAUUCACUGUUUUGUAAAUCUAAGCAGAAUAUUAAUGUUAUGGAUGUAUCUGGUCCUUCACUAAGAUCUGAAUGUGAAAAGACACCAGCUCUGACAAAAACCAAAGCAUUUGAUAAGCAAUUAGCUGUAUCAUCUACACAAACCCCCAAACAAACUGUUCGAGAAAACACCUUCUCUCCAUCCAGUGAAGUGGAUGUCGACAGUCUUAAAAAAUUGAACAGUGCAGCCUCUAAAAAAAGAGGCAGGAAAAGAAGAGCCUCGGAUGAUUUAUUGGCUUUUCAGACCAAGCGAAGGAAAUGCAUCAUUAAUAAGUUUAGAGAAGGAAGAGAGAGGGAGAAGGUUGAUAUUCAGACACCUGAAGACAAAAAAGCAGAAGCAGUGAAAAAAUACCGUAGUAUUAGACCGAAACCGGUGGUAGUUGUGCAGACCUUCACACCACUGACUUCUCCUGCAACAGUAGAGACACCACCUCGUGUCCAUUCAGAGCAAGCUGUUCCUUUAAAUGGUUCACUUGCCAGCAAAUAUUUGAGUUACAAGCAAAGUGAUGCUACAUCAGCUAAAUCAAGUGAUUCAAGUAGAAAUGCAUGUUCAGCCACACCUAAGCCACUGCACAGAUGUCCUGUUUGUAAUCAUACCUUCCAGUUCAAGCACCAUCUCCAGGACCAUAUGAACUCACACACGAAGAAACGGCCCUACAGCUGUCGGAUUUGCCGGAAAGCGUAUAUCUAUUCUGGGAGGCUCAGCACGCAUAUGAAGCUUCAUCACAAUGAAAGCAAACCCAAAAAGCUGGUGUGCUGUGAAUUCUGUGCUAAAGUUUUUGGCCAUGCAAAAGUGUAUUUUGGCCACCUCAGAGAAGUCCACAGGGUUGUUAUCAGCACUGAGCCCUCUCCUAGCGAGCAACAGAUGCAAGAUGCUUUAAAGAAGAGAGACACGAAUGUAAAAGAGGCAGAAGAAGCUACAGAGAGGGGAAAUAAGUGCAAUCUUGAGGACCUAUUUCAUAACCCGGGAGGAGUGAAAAUGCAGGUCAAAUGUGGCCGAUGCCAGUUCAUUGCACAGUCUUUUGGUGAAAUGAAGUUCCACUUACUGUGCUGUCAUGGAGAAGAGAUUCAGGGAAGAGUAAAAGAAGGGGGUUUGCAAGGAAAUAAAGGAGCGAAAGGGGAACCAAUCAAACAUACAACCCACUUCUGGAAACAGCACAACGAGAGAAGACAUUUAGCAAAAUGCAGUGCCCGUGAGGAGGAGCUUUAUACUUUUCCAAAACUGAAAAGACAGAUGUACUUUCAGCAUCAAAAUAAUGUCAAUAUUUUACCAAAAGGCGAAGUGACUCAGCCAAGAAGUGGUGAAACCACCAAGGAGAUACAAAAUAUGGGGUUUGGUACAACAAGCAAAAAAAUGGAAUCUUGGUCUAAAGCAGGCUAUAACUGCAUUUUAUGCAAACAGUUAUUUGGAAAAAAAGAGGAUCUUUUUAGUCAUUGGCAGAGUCAUCAUAAUUGUGAAGACCCUUCCACUUUAUGGACAAUUUUUAGUUUAGUAUCAAAAGAAGGGAUUAUUGAAUUUUCUAAUAAUGGUGAAUAUUGAAGCUCAAUUCUGCAAUGCUCUGAACAACAUCAACUACCUUAGCAAAUUUUUUAGUUUUUUUCACUGUCUUGCUAAACUAACUCAACAGAAGUAUCACUUCAAAGUUUUGUUGGGUGAGUUUGUUGGAGUUUUUUAAAGUUAUGCUAAUUUUUUUUUUGGUGAAUAGAAAAUAUAUUUAUUCAGUGUCA